GAUGACGCCGCAGUAAAAGGCGAGUAAGGACCACAGGAUGUGGUCAUCAAGCCGCUAGGAUAUUAUUAACGGGCCCGAACCUUCUUGGACUCGGCGCGUUUCGGAACCAGUAGGUCACAAAUCCGGAUUUCGUUGGAAGCGGAGUUCACGUCCUUGAUCCCUGCUGUGCACCAAAUUGACUCCGAUCCAGGUCGCAACUCGUGUGUGUUACCAUGCACUCUUCACCCACAAUCACCGCGAUUGUGUGUCUGCUGGCGGGGGCUGUGGUGGCCAUUCGCAGCCCCGCUCAAACAGUCUUCUUGGACAAGCAGCAGGCCAGCUCAUUGAUCUACCGCCAGAAGAGGAGCGUGGAUGGCACCAGCCAGCAGCCGUCCACCCUGGAGCAGGCCUGCAUGGAGAGGGUCUGCACCUACGAGGAGGCUCGCAAGCACUUUCAGGAUUCGUACCGCACGGACAUCUUCUGGUCCGUUUACAUCGAUGGAGACCAGUGCGCAGACAAGCCUUGCAAGAACGGGGCCCUGUGCUCCGACAGCGUGGGAGGCUACGACUGCGUCUGCAAGGCGGGCUUCUCAGGGGUCCACUGCGAGACCGACCAGACUCUGUGCACCCUGGAGAAGAACAAGGGAUGCUCCCAGUUCUGCAAGCCGGGCUACAUGUCCUACGAGUGCUCAUGCGCACAGGGGUGGAAGCUCAGUCACUCCGACAGGAACAAGUGUGAGCCUGCGGUGCGCUAUCCAUGCGGGAAGGUGAACAGCCUGAGACAGUGGGAGGAGAGAAAGUCCAGCAACAUCCGCAGUAAUUACCAAGGACUCGCCUGUGCCUCCGGAGAGUGUCCCUGGCAGGCUCUUCUCAAGAGUUCCGAGUCGGAAGGCUUCUGUAGCGGAGUCAUUCUGAAGGAAAACCUGGUGUUGACCUCAGCUCGCUGUGCCACAAAGCACACCUCUUUCCAAGUGGUUGUUGGCAAGGUGACCAGUGACGGCGGCGAGCAGACCCGUUACGUGAAAAUCUCCCACGUGCACCCUCGCUAUGUGGAGGGUCGCCCUGAAAACGACCUGGCGGUGGUGGAGCUUCGCGACCGCAUCGUAAUCGGCAAGGAAGCGACCGCCGCCUGCCUGCCCGAGAGAGAUUUUGCAGAGAACGUCCUCAUGACCGCAGAGAUUCCAGCUGUGGUCACCGGUUGGAAAGAACCCCAGGAGGGGUCUUCUUUCCAAGGCCCGCUCACCCUCAACCACCUGGCGUACAACGGCCUGACUCAGUGCCUGCAGACUCAUCCCAAUUUGGUCAACAACAAAAUGGGCUGCACAGCUGCUCGCGCCAACGCCGACUGCACCAUGAGCUCCGGCAGCCCCCUGCUCACCUUGUACAGGGAGGUGUUCUUCCUCACCGGGGUGGUCAGCCAGCCGCCAGGGGCCGACUGCAGCAAGGGGUUCAUCUUUCAGAAAGUCUCCCGCCAUCUCGGUUGGCUUCAGUCCCUCAUGCGCUCCCUCAAGUGAGAAAAUAUACUGCAGUUCAACAAUAAACAUCUCCACGUGUACCUUCUAAUAAUAUCAAAUGCCACAUAGCUGCCUGUAGUUAUUUAUCCACAAGGGGGCGCUCCAGUAAAGUACAUGUCCAGUCGGACUGCAUAGAGUUAAGUGCACUGAAUUGUCUAUGUUCACAUGCAUGUCAUGUAUUCACCAUAAUUACAAUAAACUACAUGUCAUGUCCUG